AUGCCACUGAAUUUUGUAAUUGUCAGUGGUGAAAGAGAAGAAGAAAAUGGUUUAGAAAGUUUUGAUGAAGAUGGCCUAUCAGAUGAUGAUGACUAUUUGGCAGGUACAUUGGAUGAUGUUGAUAGUUCAAAUGAAUCUGGAAUUGAAGAUACUAUUCUUAAAAAGAAAAAAACUUCCACAAAGAAAAGAAAGGCAGAAGAAAGUGAUGAUGAUUUAUUACCAAUUGAAAAAGCAGCUAAGAAAUUAAAAGCUGCAAAAAAAAAAGAAGAUGCUGAAGCCAAUGAAGAAAUGAAAAUGCAAAUUAAUGUUGCUAGUCAAGAUGUUUUUGUAUUUCCUGCCAGUGAUAAAAUUGACGAACAUAUUCCUAUACCUGAAGUAGAACAAAGAAUUAAAGAUAUUUUAUUAGUAUUGUCUAAUUUUAAUAAAUUUCGUGAAGAAAAUCGAAGCAGACAAGAAUACACUGACCUAUUACUCAAGGAUUUAUGUACUUAUUUUAGCUAUAAUACAUUUCUUAUGGAAAAAAUGAUGCAUUUAUUUCCACUUGAAGACUUAAUGUCAUUUUUAGAAGCUAGUGAAACACCUAGACCAGUAACUAUUCGAACAAAUAGUUUGAAAACCAGGAGACGUGAUCUUGCUCAGGCAUUGAUCAACCGAGGAGUGAAUUUGGAUCCUAUCGGUAAUUGGUCUAAAGUGGGACUUGUUGUAUACAAUUCUACUGUACCAAUAGGGGCAACUCCUGAAUAUUUAGCUGGACAUUAUAUGCUUCAGGUAAAAAUAUGAUAAAAAUAAUAAUGAAA